AUGUUUGGUGGAAGGAUUCUUGUACGUUCCAAACUCUAUAUCAUGUUCUUCUUUAUCACUUUCUCUGCAAUUACUUUUCUUCUCUGUGAAGAUACAAGGGUCCCCCAUUAUUCCUUAAAUUAUGAAUCCCUUGAGAAGCUUCAGUUAGUGUUGGAGGAACCCAGAUUUCAGAAAGCAACACAGUCAGCGCUUUCCCACGUACCCGUUGAAGAAGAAGAUGAUGAAGAAGAAGAAGUUGAUAGAGGAAACCAGAAGCCUCUAGUUCCUCCAUUGAAUCUCACAGAAAAAGAAAGGAUUGCUUGGUUCCAGAAAAGGUUUCACGAAUUCAAGAUUUUCAAGUCAAGCAAUUUAACCCGUCAGUUUCAUGCUAGAGUUUUAGGACUCUUCAGCCAUGAAUGCGAAGCUCAGUUCUUCAUGACUUGGAUUUCACCUGCGAGCUCGUUUGGAAGUAGAGAACAGUUAUCACUAGAAUCUCUGUUCAAGGCUCAUCCUCAGGCAUGCUUGGCAAUCCUCUCAAGAACUUUAGAUUCCAAACAAGGGUUUAAGAUUCUGAAGCCUCUUAUUGAUCGUGGCUUCAAAGUGGAGGCCGUGACCCCAGAUUUGCCACUUUUGUUUCAAGGCACUCCAGCAGAAGAAUGGCUUCAUGAUCUGAUAAAAGGGAAGAAGGACCCAGGUGAGAUUCCUCUGCCUCAGAAUCUAUCAAACUUAAUAAGACUUGUGGUUCUAUACAAAUACGGGGGCAUCUAUAUAGACACAGAUUUCAUAAUCCUUAAAUCCUUCAAAGGAUUGAGGAAUUGCAUUGGAGCACAAAGUGUGAACCCGGUUUCUAAACACUGGACUACAUUAAACAAUGCAGUUCUUGUCUUCGAUAAGAAUCACCCACUUUUGUUACGAUUCAUAGAGGAUUUUGCGUUGAAUUUUAAUGGUAACAAAUGGGGACAAAACGGUCCAUAUUUAGUGACAAGAGUAGUUGAGAGAGUGAAAGAAGAAGAUGGUUUGAACUUGACAGUUUUACCUCCAAUGGCGUUUUAUCCUGUGGAUUGGACGGGAAUAGAUAGGUGGUUCCAGAAGCCAAAGAACAGUGAAGAAUCAAGUUGGGUCAAAGCUAAAUUGAUUGAGCUUAGAGGAGAAACUUAUGGGGUUCAUCUGUGGAAUAAAUGCAGCAGCGAAUUGGCAAUUGAAAAAGCAAGUGUUAUGGCAAUUCUUAUAUUACAGCAUUGUCUAUUGUGCAAUAAUGUCUAUAUAUAG